GUUUUUCUGGCUUCAGUUAUUGUGAAAUUUUAUUCAACAAAAUUUAUGAAAGACUGUUGCUUAGAACGUAUAUAAAUGUGAUAUAUAUUUAAGUUUAACUAAAUUAUGAACUGUACAGUUCAGAAAAACCUCUCAAAAGAACUUAAGGCGAAACGUAGUAAAACUUAGAGUGUUGGCAAAUCAAACACUAACUAUAUACAGGCUGGGCAAGACAAAAUUUGUACGAAGUUUGACGGCGUGAAAAAUUUUUAAUUAAAGAUAUUUGUAAUGUAUUUGCUUGAACGUUUGAAGCGUCGCAGAGUAAUCACGACUGAUGACUCCAAACCGAAGAAUUAUGUCAGGAUCCAUAGCUUGAUUAUAAUGGGCUUGGGCGGGUCUUUGGGUCUCGGCAUCUAUGUGCUGGUCGGGCAGGUUGUGCUACAAAUGACUGGCCCGGCAAUUACAGUAAGCGUUACCAUAGCAGUGUUGGCUUCGCUCUUUGCUGUACUCUGUAUAGCGGAGCUUUCGUCGCGAGUUCCGCAUUCUGGCAGUGCCUACAUAUAUAGCUAUGUCAUCAUGGGCGAGUUUGUGGCCUUCACCGUCGGCUGGAGCAUGCUGCUUGAGUAUAUGACGAGCACGGCGUCUGCGGCACGUGGCCUUUCUUCUUAUCUGAAUGUGCUACUAGAUGACAAGCUGUCGAAUGCAUUUCAAAGUAUUUUAACAUUAAACUGCAGCUUUACGUCAACAUAUCUGGACUUUCUGUCCUUUGCCCUAAUCCUGCUUGGAUCAUGUCUUCUUGCCUGCGGCGCUAAGCAAUCGAUGUGGCUGAAUCUGGUGCUCACUAUCAUCAACCUGAUAACCAUUUGCAUUAUCAUUAUCGCUGGCACCACAUUUUCCGAUAUGAAAAACUGGAGUCGCAGUUCAAGUGAAGUGCCCAUAGGCGCAGGCUCUGGUGGCUACUUUCCGUACACUUUGGAGGGCCUAUUCAGGGGCGCAGCGAUCUGCGUUUUUGGCAUCGUUGGACUCAAUUGCAUCACCCCCCUCAAUGGCGAUGUUAUCAAUUCCAAUCAUUAUGUACCCAUGGCGAUUUUCAUAUCAAUGCUAAUCGUAUUCUGUACCUACUUUGUGGUGACAAACAUAUUGACUGCCAUGAUACCCUACUAUCUCCUCAAUCCGUUUACCCCAAUAGUAUCCGCCUUUAAAUAUUACAAUUUGGACAGUGUAUGUUGGUGCGUCAUCGUUGGCUCUGUGCUGGCAUUGAUUAUGUCGUUGCUGAACUUCAUGUUUUCGAUGCCGCCUAUCAUGCAUGCCAUGGCUGAGGAUGCACUUAUGUUCAAAUGUUUUGCUUACACACAAAGCUUGACAAGGGCGUCUAUGAUAGUCACCGUUCUCACUGGCAUAAUGGCGGCUUUCUUGGCGUUGAUCAUAAGCUUUGACUUCUUGAUCGAGCUGUCCAUAAUUGGUGUUAUGCUGGCCUAUACUAUUGUGGCCAUUGGAGUUAUUUUGAUGCAUUAUAAGGUCGAUGAUGUUGAUAAUGCCGCUGGGAAUAAUGGCAAGGAUAUCAACUUUAAGCGGGCUAUGAGUCAGAUCGUUAAAAAACCACGUGAGAAGAGAUCGAAUGCACUUUCUCAAUACACAGCUCGAAUGUUUCUAUACAUUUUUCUGCUACUUUCUGCGUCGUUCUGUGUGGUUUUAAAGUUCCGUCCCGUCAUACACGAUCUGUGGCUCAUUAUGCUGGCAGCCUCCAUAGGUAUUUUAAACAUCCUCUGCAUUAUAAUGAUUAAUCUGCAGCCGAAGUCAACGGAUUUUCCGCCAUUCAAAGCGCCCUGUGUGCCGGUCAUACCUUGCGUUAGCAUUUGGCUGAAUCUAUUUCUAGUGUCGAAAAUGUCGGGGAGCGCCUGCAUAGCUUAUCUGUUCUGGAUGAUUAUCGGCUAUAUAAUUUAUUUCGGGCAAGUAACCGCCGAUUUUUUAGGCAAAAAUCUCACCAGGAAAGUAGCUAAAGAGAUGAUCAGCAACUUGAAAUUCGUGGUGUAA